AUGUUAAAGACCUCCUCCUCUUUGGUGGUACCAGGUGCACAAGUUUCUCCUGAAUAUGGUGAAGCUGUAGGCAUUUCUUUUGAGCAAACUGAAUAUACCACAGAAGGGGUGCAAGUGUCUCUUGGUGCAUAUGGUGAAGCAGUAGAAAUUUCCUCUGUUAAGCAAACUGAAUGUAUGACAGAAAUUGAGCAAAAAGGUUCACAAGUGUCUCCAGUUGACUGUACUGAAACAGUGGCAAUUCCCUGUGCUGAGCAAACUGAAAAUACGACAGAAAUUGUACAACUGUCUCCUGAUGCCUAUUAUGAAACAGUGGAAAUUUCCUCUUUGGAACCAACUGAAUGCAUGAAAGAAAAGGAGCCAAGGGAUAGUCCAGCCUGGACACCAGCAAGUCAGGGUGCACGAGUGUCUGAACGUGACUCUCGUGAAAUAGUAAAACUUCCCUCUUUUGAGGAAACUGAAGGUAUGACAGAAAGUUAUGGAAGAGAAAAUCCACCGUGUACAUUAGGAAAUCAGGAUGUGCAAGUGUUUCCGGAUGACUAUUGUGAAACAGUGGAAUGUUCUUCUUUAGCGCAAGCUCAAUAUAGAACAGAAAGUGAGCAAAGAGUGUCUUCCAAUGACUCUGGGGAAACAAUGGAACUUUCAUCUUUUGAGGAAACUGAAGAUAUAACAGCAAGAGAAGAAAGAGAUUCUCCAAGUUCAAUAUUAAGUAAUCAGAGUAAUUAUGUUUGUAUUUGAACACUG